AUGGAGACAGAAGAGAAUUUCAAUCUAUCGAGACAGAGGUCUUCCUCCCCAGAAUCCUCAUCCUCUUCAGAUUCGGUAAGGGGAAGGGGACGUGGCAGAGGACGUGGGAGAGGAAGACGCCCAAGGGGAGUAAGGACAAGAGGUGGGAGAGGUGGAAGAGGUGUAGGUGCCCGCAGAAGAAUCACCCAAGAAACUGUUGCUGAAAGACUUGCAGCUGAAAGGGAGCAGAGAGAUGCUCAUCUUAGGGAAACCAUAUCUAACCUUGAGGAGCAAAACUUGAGGAACCUUGUUCAAACAAUAUGCAACAGGGACCCAACAUUUGUUUUUGAUAUUUUGAAUGAGGCAUCUCAAAAUGAAAGAAGACAAGGGUACCACCCACAACCAUCAGAUGGCAUUCCUAGCUGGUGCACUUGUGACCACUGCAGAGAGAUGCCAUCCGAAAUUGAGAAACUCUAUUGUGGACAAACUCCAACAAAUUGCUUUUCAAUUGUUCCAGUAAGAAAUUCAAUUUACUGAUAUACAGAUGAA